AUGGGCUCAAAGCCAACUUAUACAGUUUCUGACCAAUGGAUUGGACAGCCGAGGCCCGUUCGGGUGGUGGUUAUAGGAGCCGGAAUCGGAGGUAUCGCUGCUGUGAAGCUCUUUCGCGAGACGUUUCAAGAUCGCCCGACGACUCUUGUUAUUUAUGAGAAGAAUCACGAUGUGGGAGGAACUUGGCUAGAAAAUCGCUACCCAGGAUGUUCAGUUGAUAAUCCCGGACAUACAUAUACCUACUCGUGGGAGGGAAACCCAUCCUGGUCUAGGGCAUAUGUUGGUGCCGAAGAGGUUUUCGAAUACUACAAAGGCCGUGCGAAAGCUUAUGGAGUAUAUGAAUAUGUGAACUUCAAUCAUCGAGUAAUUGAGGCCAGAUGGGAUGACUACGUUGGUCAGUGGAAGCUCAAGAUUGAGAAAGAAGGCUCUAGUAUCAUUGAAGAUGAGUGCGAAGUUCUUAUUAAUGUUUGUGGAAUGCUCAACCAGUGGAAGUGGCCUAGCAUUGAUGGCCUAAGCACUUACAAAGGCCAUCUAGUCCACUCAGCAAUUUGGGAUUCUAAUUACUCAUUCAAGGGGAAAACUAUCGGUGUUAUUGGGUCUGGAUCAUCUGCUAUUCAGAUGGUGCCGAAGCUUCAAAAAGAAGUUAAAUCAUUGAUCUCUUUCAACCGGUCUCCGUCAUGGAUUACUCAAGAAUUCGGUGCAAAGUAUAUCCCUGAAGGUCGAGGACUCGUCUAUUCUGAUGAACAGAGGGAAGAAUGGCGCAAUAAUCCCAACGAAUUUCUAAAGUAUCGAAAGGAAGUUGAAAGCAUUGGAAAUAAAUUUUGGCACGCCCAGUUCAAGGAUGGGCCCAUUCAAGAGGAGUGGUACAAGCAAACUCGGCAGAAUAUGGAGAAGGCCUUGGGGGGGAAUCCGGAACUGAUAUCGAAAAUAGUACCUACAUUCGCUGUAGGAUGCCGAAGAGUGACGCCUGGCCACGGCUAUCUUGAAGCUUUGACCAGAGACAACGUCAUCGUGAGAAGCGAUGAGAUCAGACGCAUCACACCCACAGGCGUUCAAAUGGUUGAUGGAACCAACCUCGCUCUUGAUGCCAUCAUCUGUGCCACAGGUUUCGACAAUUCAUUUCGCCCGUCAUUCGCACUCAUUGGAGAAAAUGGUGUGGAUAUGAGAGACGAGUGGAGAGAAGAGCCUCGAUCCUAUCUUUCGGUAGCUGCAGCCGGAUUUCCAAAUUACUUUAUGGCUACAGGACCGAACUUUCCGUUAGCAAACGGCUCAUUAGUUGCAUGUCUGGAGCACACUCUGAAGUAUGCUUUCAGAGCAGUCGAAAAGAUACAGACCCAAGGAGUUAAAGCCGUGUCGCCUACUCGAGAAGCAGUUAACGAUUUUCAAGAGCAUAAAGAUGCGAUAAUGGAGAAAAUGGUGUGGACCUCACCGUGUCGCUCUUGGUACAAAAAUGGCAAGGUAGACGGCAAAGUCUGGGGGCCAUAUCCCGGCUCAGUGCCGCAUUUCUUCGAACUCAUGGGCGAGACUCGAUGGGAAGAUUUUAAGAUUGAGUAUAGGACUUCCAAUCGAUUCCAAUAUCUAGGAAGGGGAAAUACGCAUCGAGAAGUUAGCGGAGGAGACUUGGCAUGGUACGUUACUGAGCCAGGAGCAGAUCCCGCUGCCUGA